GUCACCCACACAGCCAGCCAGUCAGUCACCCACACAGCCAGUCAGUCAGUCACCCACACAGUCACCCACACAGUCAGUCAAGUCAGAGGCGAGCGGAGCUGAUCAUCAUCAUCAGCAGGAAGACGACGACGAAAAUGGCGACCGUCAUUGCAGGGAGGACUCAGAACCUCUCACACCACCAACAACAACAACAACGUCAACAACAACAACAACGUCAACAACAACAACAACAACGUAGUAGUGGUGGUGGUGGUGGUGGCGCUUCGGGCUCUCGGCAACACGCGGCUGCCGUGACGCGAAACUACAUCUCACAACCUCGUCUGACUUACAAGACGGUUUCUGGCGUUAAUGGACCACUGGUGAUUUUGGAUCAAGUAAAGUUCCCCAAAUAUGCGGAGAUCGUUCACCUGACCCUGCCUGACGGGGUUCGCCGUAGCGGACAAGUGCUUGAGGUGUCGGGGUCCAAGGCCGUGGUGCAGGUGUUUGAGGGAACGUCCGGUAUUGAUGCCCGCAAGACCACUUGCGAGUUCACAGGGGACAUCCUUCGCACUCCGGUGUCAGAGGACAUGCUGGGCCGUGUGUUCAACGGUUCCGGCAAACCCAUUGACAAGGGACCCCCAGUGCUGGCCGAGGACUACCUGGACAUCCAGGGCCAGCCCAUCAACCCCCAGUCCCGCAUCUACCCCGAGGAGAUGAUCCAGACGGGGAUCUCCGCCAUUGAUACCAUGAACAGCAUCGCCCGCGGGCAGAAGAUCCCAAUCUUCUCCGCUGCUGGCUUACCCCACAACGAGAUAGCGGCUCAGAUCUGCCGUCAGGGUGGACUGGUGAAGAAGGGUAAGGACGUGAUGGAUCACAGCAAUGAUAACUUCGCUAUCGUCUUCGCCGCUAUGGGGGUGAACAUGGAGACUGCACGCUUCUUCAAGUCGGACUUUGAGGAGAACGGUUCCAUGGACAACGUCUGUCUCUUCCUCAACCUCGCCAACGACCCCACCAUUGAGCGUAUCAUCACUCCGCGCCUGGCGCUCACAGCUGCCGAGUUCCUUGCCUACCAGUGCGAGAAGCACGUCCUGGUCAUACUCACCGACAUGAGCUCCUAUGCAGAGGCACUCCGCGAGGUUUCUGCUGCACGUGAGGAGGUCCCUGGCCGUCGUGGUUUCCCGGGCUACAUGUACACAGACCUGGCCACCAUCUACGAGCGGGCCGGCAGGGUGGAGGGCCGGGGAGGCUCCAUCACCCAGAUCCCCAUCCUCACCAUGCCCAACGAUGACAUCACCCACCCCAUCCCGGACCUGACUGGCUACAUCACUGAGGGUCAAAUCUACGUGGACCGUCAACUACACAAUCGCCAGAUCUACCCCCCUAUCAACGUGCUUCCCUCUCUGUCGCGUCUCAUGAAGUCCGCCAUUGGGGCCGGGAUGACUCGCAAAGACCACGCAGACGUCUCCAACCAGCUGUAUGCGUGCUACGCUAUCGGCAAGGAUGUGCUGGCCAUGAAGGCCGUUGUGGGAGAGGAGGCGCUCACUCCGGACGAUCUCCUCUAUCUGGAGUUCCUGCAGAAGUUCGAGAGGAAUUUCAUCGCACAGGGUGCCUACGACAACCGCACCAUCUUCGAGUCGCUCGACAUCGGCUGGCAGCUGCUGAGAAUCUUCCCCAAGGAGAUGCUCAAAAGGAUCCCGCAGAGCGUCCUCGCUGAGUUCUAUCCACGGGAGGCGCCCAGCCAGCAGACAGCCGCUCGCUAACUCACCAACUCACUCACUCACUCACCAACUCACUCACCAACUCACUCACCAUCUCACUCACUCACCAACUCACUCACCAACUCACUCACUCACUCACCAACUCACUCACUCA